AUGGAUCCUUAUUCUUCGCAGAACUACUACCAACAGUACCAGCAGCAAUCCACGGACAUCAAUCCGUACCACCAGCCAUAUCAAGGGCCCAUGUACUCCGUCCCUGGGUCGUCGUCAUCCGCUCACCAUGCCCCUGUGCCAGCCAAUGCCUACGAGUACGAUGUCGGAAUAUUGGCUCAGCAGAGUGUCUAUGUUCCGGGGGCGAUGAUCGAUAAGCGCGGCGGAGCCGGUGGUAAGCUUGCCAAGGGAGGCAAGCGUACGACAGUCCUUCGCAAAGGCGGAGGAAAGGUUUGGGAAGACCAGACGCUGCUGGAAUGGGAUUCGUCUUGGUUCCGUCUCUUCGUUGGUGACCUGAGCAACGACGUGUCCGACGAUGUGUUGUCGAAUGCCUUCAGCCAGUAUACGUCCUUCACGAAGGCGAGAGUCAUACGAGAUCGCUUGAGUGGCAAGGCAAAGUUUGGCUUUGUGGCGUUCUCGGACCCGGAAGAUUUCUUGAAAGCAUGGAAGGAAAUGGACGGCAAGUACGUUGGUAACAGGCCUGUGAAACUGAAGAAGGCAGACAACAGCGUCAACCCGGUUGAGAUCGGUCACCGCAAGGCCAGGCAACUGGAGAAGGAGCUGAAGCAGAACAGGCACAAACCCUACUAA